AUGUUUGGCUUGCCAUAUAUUAUUGCUCCAAUGGAGGCAGAAGCUCAAUGUGCUUAUUUGGAACUUGAGAAACUAGUUGAUGGUGUUGUGACUGAUGACUCUGAUGUCCUUUUAUUUGGGGCACGCAGUGUUUACAAAAAUAUAUUUGAUGACCGCAAAUACGUAGAGACAUACUUCAUGGAGGACAUUGAAAAGGAGCUUGGACUGACCAGAGAAAAAUUAAUACGCAUGGCUCUACUUCUAGGGAGUGAUUAUACUGAAGGUGUAAGCGGGAUUGGCAUUGUUAAUGCUAUUGAGGUUCUGAAUGCAUUCCCUGAGGAAGAUGGCCUCCUGAAAUUCCGGAAAUGGGUCGAGUCACCGGAUCCCGCCAUCCUUGGAAGGUUGGACACAAAAAGUGGAUCAAAUACCAGAAAGAAAGGGUCAAAAGUUGAGCAAAAGAUAAAUUCCUUAAAUUCUGAUGUUAAAGAGUCUUCAUCAGAGCAGAACAUCUCCCAUGCUCAGGAGCAAAACGAGUUGCCAGAUUACAUUCCAGAAAUAAAGAAAACUUUCUUCAAGAAGCAUAGAAAUGUUAGCAAGAAUUGGCACAUUCCUGCUUCUUUUCCAAGUGAAACAGUUAUAUCUGCUUACUGUUCUCCACAUGUUGAUAAAUCAACUGAGCCUUUCACGUGGGGCAAGCCAGAUCAUCUUGUUCUUCGAAAAUUGUGCUGGGAGAAAUUUGGCUGGAUUGGCCAGAAAGCAGAUGAAUUGCUAUUACCUGUGUUAAAGGAGUAUAAUAAACGUGAGACUCAAUUGCGGUUGGAAGCAUUUUACAGUUUUAAUGAGAGAUUUGCAAAAAUCCGUAGCAAAAGAAUUAAGAAGGCAGUAAAAGGAAUAACUGGUAAGCAGCCUUCAGAUUUGAUAGAUGAUUCUGCAGAAGAGGUGCCCAAGAGUAGGAUGACUGGUAGAGAACCUGAGGAUACCACAUUAGAGAUUUCAAGGGGAAAAGACGAAAGUCUUCAAUGUAGAAGGAAAGCAAAAAUACAACAGUCAAAGAAAAGGAAGAAUGAUACUGUUGCCAAGGAACAAUUAAAGAAAAAGAAAGACAAUGAUAAACCUUCUUCAGUACCUGGUAUAUCAGAGAUGGAGAAUGUGCAGCCAAGUGCGCAGACAGAAGAACAGUGUGAUGGUAAGGCCUUGAUUCGGAGUAGAAGUGGCCGAGGAAGAGAUAGAGGCAUGGGAAUAAAAAGAGGAAGGGAUAAGGAGAGUCUCAGUUUUCAAUCCUCAUCUGCUAGCAGUGACAUUGACGAUCAUGAGCCAAGAGUGCAUGUGGAAAAAGUUCCAAAAGAUGUGCGAAGGAUAAUUGAAUCUGAUCUCAUUGGCAAAAAGAAAAUCUAUGCAAAAGAAUACGAAUGUUUCACUUACAAUUUGUGUACUUUCCAGUCAUUGCGCUCUCGGAAACCUGUCAACUAUUCUUUCGAAGGCCCUGAAGUUGAAGAUGCCAAUGAUUCAUUUGAUCAAAAUAAUCAGAUUUGUUCAAUGGAAGAAAAUUUAUCUCAUUCUCAGGGUGCAUGUGAAGAUGGUGCCAAAGAUUUCAUCCUGGGGGAAGGAUUCAGUGCAAUGAACUUUCCUUUAAAGGAGAACUUGCCAACGGACUCUCUCAAGUUAGAAGGUCGGUUUCACAUGGAUGCAGGUGAAACUAGUUAUCCUAGUACUGGCAAUCAUGACUCUUCUGAUGACUACCUUAAAAUGGGAGGUGGAUUCUGUUUAGAUGAUGGUGAGACAGGUACCAAGCAGGAUACAAUUGAUGUUGUCACUACUGGCACAGUGGAUUAUACUCCAGAUUUUCCACACUGUUCUGAUGGUUUGGAUGAAACUGACAAAGAUAGUUCAGAUAUAUUAUUUUCUGGCACUGAAAAGACUGAAAAUGGGAUAGACGGGGGAGGGGCCUUUUCUAAAUUUGGUAGUCAUGAUCUUGUAAAUACUAGUAGUCACGAUCAUUCUGACAUGGGCUUGAAACCAGAGAAAGCCUCCAUUGGAGCUUUCAGCGUCAUGCCGCUUUUAAGGAAAAGAAGGAAAAACUGA